AUCCCCAAGGAGGAUGGGAUCUUGGUGCUGAGUCGCCACACCCUGGGCCUGGCCCUGCGGGAGCACCCAGCUCUGCUGGUGGAAUUCUGUGAGUGCCGGGGCCAGUGGGGCUGGGGACCGGCGGGGACCGGCAGGGCCCACUUGGGGGCCCCACCCUUUGCCGGCAAAUGCAGGACAUGUGCCCAAGAGGGGCCUCCCGGCAGGCACCUGCCCCCACUGUGCCCAGGAGCUCUCUAGGAGGGGCCUGGGGGUCUGGUUGGGGCAGGCAGGAGCACUGGUAGUACUGGGGGUACCCACAGGACAUGAGAACACCUGUGCCUCCCUGCUCGGCCAGCGGCCAUGGUGCCAGAGUCGCUGCCUUGCCAGCCACUCCUCUGGCUGCCAGGGGAUCCCACAGACUGCAGAGGCCCAGGCAGUGUUCAGGCUUUGGGGGCCCAUGGAGGUCCCUGAUGCGUGUGUCCUGUGGUCUUUUCCCAACCCUUGACACACAUGGGAACUGUUCUUGCCUGGGAGGCCUUCACAGGCAGCCACAUGGGCCCGGGAGCGCCAGCCUUAUAGGGCAUGAAAGGGAGGGGUCUUUUUAUUUUUUGAGAUGGAGUUUUGGUCUUGUUGCCCAGGCUGGAGUGCAAUGGCCCAAUCUCGGCUCACUGCAACCUCCGCCUCCCAGGUUCGAGCAAUUCUCCUGCCUCAGCCUCCUGAGUAGCUGGUAUUAUAGGCAUAUGCAACCAAUCCUGGCUAAUAUUUUUUGUAUUUUUAGUAGAGAUGGGGUUUUUCCAUGUUGGUCAGGCUGGUCUCGAACUCCCAACGUCAGGUGAUAGGCCCACCUCUGCCUCCCAAAGUGCUGGGAUUACUGGUGUGAGCCACUGAGCCUGGCUGUAGGGAGGGGGGUCUUUCAAGCUCUCUCAAGCCUUGCUGGCGCUGGUGCUCGGCUUGUCCACGGCCAGGGCUCAGGGCAGAAUGGAGGAGCACGCUUGUUCCCUGCUGGGUUGUCAGGUGUGGAGAGGGUGCUCCUGGGGUUGUGGUGGCCUGGGGCACUCAUGGCCCCGUCCCCCAGACGCCCCGUGGUGUAGGCACUGCCAGGCCCUGGCCCCCGAGUACAGCAGGGCAGCUGCCAUGCUCACGGCCAAGUCAACAAUGGUCACGCUGGCUAAGGUGGAUGGAUCUGCGCAGCCCGAGCUGGCUGAGGAGUUUGGUGUGACGGAGUACCCUACGCUCAAGUUCUUCCGCAAUGGGAACCGCACGCACCCAGAGGAGUACACAGGACCACGGGAGGCUGAGGGCAUUGCUGAGUGGCUGCGACGGCGGGUGGGGCCCAGUGCCAUGCGGCUGGAAGACGAGGUGGCCGCCCAGGCGCUGAUCGAUGGCCGGGACCUGGUGGUCAUCGGCUUCUUCCAGGACCUGCAGGACGGGGACGUGGUCACCUUCUUGGCCCUGGCCCAGGAUGCCCUGGACAUGACCUUUGGCCUCACAGACCGGCCGCGGCUCUUUCAGCAGUUCGGCCUCACCAAGGACACUGUGGUUCUCUUCAAGAAGUUUGAUGAGGGGCGGGCAGACUUCCCAGUGGACGAGGAGCUUGGCCUGGACCUGGGGGAUCUGUCACGCUUCCUGGUCACACACAGCAUGCGCCUGGUUACCGAGUUCAACAGCCAGACGUCUGCCAAGAUCUUUGCGGCCAGGAUCCUCAACCACCUGCUGCUGUUUGUCAACCAGACACUGCCUGCACACCGGGAGCUCCUAGCGGGCUUUGGGGAGGCAGCUCCCCGCUUCCGGGGGCAGGUGCUGUUCGUGGUGGUGGACGUGGCAGUGGACAAUGAGCACGUGCUGCAGUACUUUGGCCUCAAGGCUGAGGCAGCCCCCACCCUGCGCUUAGUCAACCUUGAGACCACUAAAAAGUACGCGCCUGUGGAUGGGGGCCCUGUCACCGCAGCGUCCAUCACUGCUUUCUGCCAUGCAGUCCUCAACGGCCAAGUCAAGCCCUAUCUCCUAAGCCAGGAGGUACCCCCUGAUUGGGAUCAGCGGCCAGUUAAGACCCUCGUGGGCAAGAAUUUUGAGCAGGUGGCUUUUGACGAAACCAAGAAUGUGUUUGUCAAGUUCUAUGCCCCGUGGUGCACCCACUGCAAGGAGAUGGCCCCUGCCUGGGAGGCGCUGGCUGAGAAGUACCAAGACCACGAGGACGUCGUCAUUGCUGAGCUGGAUGCCACAGCCAAUGAGCUGGACGCCUUCGCUGUGCACGGCUUCCCUACUCUCAAGUACUUCCCAGCAGGGCCAGGUCGGAAGGUGAUUGAAUACAAAAGCACCAGGGACCUGGAGACCUUGUCCAAGUUCCUGGACAACGGAGGCGUGCUGCCCACGGAGGAGCCCCCGGAGGAGCCGGCAGCCCCGUUCCCGGAGCCACCGGCCAACUCCACUAUGGGGUCCAAAGAGGAGCUGUAGCUGCCCCCAUGUUACCCUCCCCCCAUCACUGCUGGACAGGAGCCCCCCCCCGUGGGUACUGGAGGGAGCUGUGCAGUGUGAAUAAAGAGCUUGGUUCUGGA